UGUACACCUGAAAUGCCCGAGAACAGGAAAGAAGUCGAAAUCGUAGAAAGAGCACGUCUUUGAAGCUUUCUUGUUCUACGCCGUGAGCUGGUGUUGUUUUCAAUAGCAUUUCUUCUUUUAUCUUUUUUUUUUCCCUCUCCUUUCCCGAACGAAUGUUUAGUUGUUAGCUAGUCUGACCUGCUGCAGAAUGCAGAUACAGACUUUACUAGUCUUGCUCUGGGCUUGAACAAGUGUUUCUUCUGUUCUUUUCUUCCUCUCUUUCUAUUGGCCACCUUUCCAGAUUCUCUCAGUAUUUCUCCAACCUUCGUAUUCCUCUUUCAUCCGUUACUCUGUCUCUGCUUCUUCUCCGUCUCUCCCUCCCUCAUCUGAUGCCCUUAUCCCAUUAUCCUUUCCUCUAGCGUUUUACCAAAUACCAAGACUCCAGUCUCUUGCCACCAUUGGUUGGCUCACCAUGUUGCUGACGUUUUCCAAGGUGUACCUGCAUUUCAGAGAGUGUGAUUAAACACAUUUCAGCAGUAUUAAUCGCAUUCUUGUCUUGAUUCGAUUUUUGGAAUACUACGUGCGUUUUUUUUUAACUAAGGAGAAAUCAGUGAAGUGCCCAUCAAAUCAGUGCCAGUGUGGGAGAGAGUGUCACAACACCAGUGAAAACGCAAGAGAUACGGCAAGGAAACAGCAAAGUUCUUCGUUGAUUGGGCUAAACAACCUCUUUGCGGUGAUGUCACACAAUUUACCCAUUGCCCUGCGUCAGGUGCAGAUGAAAAUCCCAGUAUCACGCCAAAUCAAAUAACUGAUCUACUUUCUUUGAGAGUAAACGCGGAAGGAUAGUGUUCGUUACAUCAAAUACAAGUGACGAUUAUUUAUAUGUUUGUGAAGAAAUCCAGCAAAUUCUACCGAGGAUUUUUCGUGUUCUCCAUAUCGUUAUUCGUUUGUGCCUUUUUGAUGUUCGUGUAGUCCAAGGAUAAAAUAGUAUCUAUAGAAACAGUGCGAAGACUGAUAAUGGGGGCCGGUCAGGGCCGAUUUCCUGAUCCAUCCAAUAGGUUAAGUGGAACGGCCUUGUUACUUCGCGAUGCCUCGGAUGCAAGCUUGAGUACAGCGUGUAGCUUGGAUUUAUCAAUUUCAGCUGCGGCUUCAUCCGUCGGUCUUCCAGAACUGUCGGAGCCAAUUGGUGGAGAGUUGGACGAGGAAACAAAUCACCAACUGCACAACGAACGCCUAAGAAGCAGAAGCCCACCUCCGCAUCAUUUGCCACCUCCUCCGCCACCGCCACCAACGUUAAGUGGGCGCAACCACGAACUUCGACUCUUCAGCGGCAGCAAUUUUUCACCUUUGCACGCUCAGUUGCACGGACAGACUUCGUUGCACAACCGAUCCUCUUCACCGGCUCACGAUUUGGGAUACCACACGCUGGUGGCGCGUUCACCUGCCGCCCCUUGGUCAUCUCCUGCAGACUUGACCGAUCUAACCCUAACACCGUCGCCUAGAGCCGAGUACUGUAGAAAGACAUCGUACACGUCUUCAAAUAGUUCUUCGCAGCAGCGCGAUCCUUUCACCCAAAUCCAGUCUAACAACAGCUGCCUACGGCCGCAGCUGCCACCUACACCGACGUCUCCAAGCAUUUCUGUCGACACGGGUUCCACUGAAGCACUGUUAGCUGCGUGCAAGGGCAAGAGAUGGGUGACACCGUCCCUUAGCCAGCAGCUGGGUGGAAGCUUCAAGUUUUCCUAUUUCGAUCAGCUGACGGAUGACGUCUUGCUGCGAGUGUUCUCCUUCUUGUCCUCGUCACAUCUCGCUCUGUGCAGCCGCGUUUGCCGGCGUUGGCAUGUCUUGGCCUGGGAACCUCAACUUUGGUCUUCCAUAUACUUGUCUGGCGACAAUUUGCAUACCGAUCGAGCACUCAAGAGCAUUACUCGAGUAGUGGGUCGAGCUUCUCCGCCGUUUUGCCCAGCAGUGGAACGCGUCGUGAUCAACAGCUGUAGUCGUCUGACAGACCGCGGCCUACAAACUCUGAGCCGUCGUUGCCCCGAGCUGCGACAUGUCGAACUGCGAGGGUGCGUUCAACUAACCGAUGUUGGUGUUCUGGAACUGGUUUCCAAAUGUGUGCAUCUCACCCAUCUGGAUGUUAGUGGAUGUUCCCAGAUUACCUGCAUUGAUGCUGGACCUCUUCGAGCCAAUGGAAAUAAUGGAGAUCGAUACAAGAGCGAUUUGUGUUCUAAUUCGCGACCGCAGCUCUAUUUGCAAUUGCAAUAUAUAGACUUGACUGAUUGCGUGAGUUUGGAAGACAGUGGCAUACAGAUGAUUGUGCGUAGCUGCGCCCAACUCACUUGCAUUUAUCUUCGCCGAUGUGUUCACAUUACUGAUUUGGGAGUGAAAUACUUGGCUAGUUACUGCACCGGCUUACGAGAACUGAGCAUAUCGGACUGCGUGCAAGUGACGGACUUUGGAAUGUACGAAUUGGCUCGCUUGGGUCCCAACCUACGAUACUUGUCUGUAGCAAAGUGUGACCAGAUUUCCGACGCCGGAAUCAAACAAAUCGGACGGCACUGUUACAAACUGCGGUACCUUAACCUCCGCGGCUGCGAAGCUGUCAGCGAUGAUUCUCUAGUAGUUUUAGCACGUACCUGUUCCCGCCUUCGAGCUCUGGAUCUUGGUAAAUGCGACAUCACCGACAGAGGUCUCCGCCUACUUGCCGAACAUUGCCCAAAUCUCAAGAAACUUAGCGUCAAGAGUUGUGAACUCGUGACCGAUGAAGGUGUACGGUCUAUUGCGUACUACUGUCGUGGUCUAAGACAGCUCAAUAUUCAAGAUUGUCUUAUCACUGUUGAAGGAUAUCGAGCAGUUAAAAAGUUUUGUCGCAAGUGUAUCAUAGAACACACCAAUCCAGGAUUUUUUUAAGUUCUUGAGUUGCAUGUUAUGUGCGCCUCGACGGACCAGAUCCGCCUACUUUAUUUACAUACCGCGCUAGGAAAACCGCGCUAACUGUUAGAGAAAAUUUUGUCGAAACCUACUUAUAACUGCUAAAAUCGUUGGUGUGCCUGCAGAAAAAGUGCCAUUGUACAUGUGUAUCAUUGUUGACAGAUUAUGGAAAGCCUUUCGGUGCUGAAAGCAAAAUAAAUAUUCGAGAAGCAUC